CACUAACAAAAAUUCGGAAAAUAAAAAAAUCAAAUCAAAAUGUUAAAACCAAAUAUCCACCCCUAAAUCGAAUCGAACCAUUCGGCCUGCAGCCUGGAACCCCCCACCCUAACUCCACUACGUACAAUACAUACUCCCAAACAUACAACCCUUUCUUGCAUAUAUAAACUCACCAGAGCAAAAAACAUUCAGUCACACACCUUAUCUUCACCUUCUCCAUUGUACACUCUCACUCUCUGCUCUCCAGCAAUGGCUAAAGACUCGAAAGAAGAAGAAGCUAAAUUAACUAACUCAAACUCCUCGAAAAACUCGCCAGACCGAGACGAAGACGAAGACGAAGAUGAAGAUGAAUCCGAGUCUGAAGAUGAAGAUGAAGUCGAAGAACCGGAAACUGAAGAAGAACCCGAGUCAGAGUUGGAGUCGGAAUUGGAUUCAGAAUCUGAAGACGAAGUUCUAUCGUACACACGAGCCGGUGGUGGUGAGCCAGAUGAAGACAGCGAGGAGAACAACACUGCCGAAGCAAAUGUGAGGAGAUAUAUGAAGGUACUAAAUUCGAAAACCCUAAAGCGGGAACUGGAAGAGGAGGAGAAAGGCGCUGUUUAUCAGGAGGAUUUAUUCGAUUUUCCUAGAGAUUACGAGAAUUGGAGGGAAAUAGAUUUGAAGGAAUUAUGGGCGGAUGCUCCACUUGCGAUGACGAAACCAGGUUGGGAUCCCAAUUGGGUUGAUGAGGAAGAAGAAGAUAUUGUUGCUGAAGAAUAUGAUGCGGGUCGGGAACCACCAAUUGCUCCGUUUUAUGUACCGUAUAGGAAACCGUAUCCGGUUAUACCGGAUAAUCAUUAUGAUAUAUCGAAUCCUAAGAGUGUUAUUGAAGAGCUUGAUAGGAUUGAGGAGUUCUUGAAAUGGGUUAGCUUCAUUUUUGCUGAUGGUAGCUCGUAUGAAGGCACUGUUUGGGAUGACUUGGCACAUGGAAAAGGUGUUUAUGUGGCUGAGCAAGGACUGGUCAGGUAUGAAGGUGAAUGGCUUCAAAACAACAUGGAAGGUCAUGGAGUUGUUGAGGUUGAGAUACCCCACAUAGAACCCAUCCCAGGAUCCAAACUUGAAGCCAAGAUGAGAGCUGAAGGCAAAAUAAUAAAGAGAGACUUCAUGUCCCCAGAAGACAGAGAAUGGCUGGAGAAGGAUAUUGAAGAUACCGUGGACCUAACAAAUGGAAAUUAUGAAAUUCCUUUCUAUGAGAAUGAUGAAUGGGUCAGGCAAUUCGGCAAGAAACCGGAGAAGGGACGGUAUCGCUAUGCUGGCCAAUGGAAGCAUGGGAGAAUGCAUGGCUGUGGUUUAUAUGAACUUAAUGAACGUGUAAUUUACGGCCGUUUUUAUUUUGGAGAUCUUUUGGCGGCGGAUACUUAUGGAUGUGACGCAGAAAUAUCAGCGAUGCAUGCAGGUAUAGCAGAAGUUGCGGCUGCUAAGGCUCGGAUGUUUAUUAACAAGCCUGAUGGAAUGGUGAGAGAAGAGAGAGGUCCCUAUGGUGAUCCUCAGCAUCCAUAUCUAUACGAAGAAGAUGAUGUGUGGAUGGCACCAGGUUUCAUCAACCAGUUUUAUGAAGUUCCCGAUUAUUGGAAAGCAUAUGUGGAUGAUGUGGAUGAAGAAAGAGAAAUGUGGUUGAACUCAUUUUACAAAGCUCCUUUGCGACUACCUAUGCCUGCAGAGCUUGAACAUUGGUGGGAAAAAGAUCACGAGCCAGAAUUCGUUCUACUUAACAAGGAACCAGAGCCUGAUCCUGAAGAUCCUUCUAAACUCGUAUAUACUGAAGAUCCCGUCAUCCUGCACACUCCAACUGGAAGGAUUAUCAACUAUGUGGAAGAUGAGGAGCAUGGAGUGCGAUUGUUUUGGCAGCCUCCUGUCAAAAAGGGUGAAGAUGUUGAUCCUGAUAAGGUUGAAUUCCUUCCCCUAGGAUUUGACGAGUUUUAUGGGCGAGGUGGAGAUGUCAAAUCAGAUAAUGUAUUGAAGCGGUUUGUUACCUCCAUGGGAAAUGCAUGUAAACCGAUGUUCGACAAACUGGAGAAAUGGGCCGAAGAGAAGAAGAAAGCAGGCGAGAUGAAGAUGGAGCUGUUGAAAAAAGAGUUUGAAUUAGCAGAAGCAGAAUUGUCUCUGAAGGAAGCAUUGGAAGACAUGGAUGAUGAAUUAAAAAGAAUGCAAGAAGAGGAGGAAAAGAAAGUUCAAAUGGGAACCGAAGAAGAAGAUGAUAUUAUACCUUCUGAACCAACAGACACACUUGAUGAAACUUGGGUGGAAAAGAAGGAAGCUGAGGAGGAGGACGAGGAAGAGGAAGGAGAGGAGGAGGUUACCGCAUCAAGUUUUGGAUCUGUUGACAAUCAAAGCUCAGCUAAAAGUGACAAGAAGGACAGCAAAGCUGGAAAGGCUCCAUUUGGGGCAUCCUCUUUGUCAUUUGCUGCCUGUAGUCUGGUUCCCACUGUGCCACCAAAGCUACAACAUACAUUUACGGCUUGGAAGGGAAAGUUGACGCCUAAGCCGUCAUCUCCAUUGUCCGACGCUCCAUGUAAUAUUCAUGAAUUACCAAAGGAGCAACAGACUCCAGGCUCAAUUAGCUUCCCUUACGUUGUUGUGCAAAAUGGAAGAUUAAGAGCAGUCAGUCGAGCACAAUUGCAAGAUAAGUACCUCAGCAAGUCGCGUAUCAGAAACCGCUCAAAGCAGAAAUCGUCUUCACAAAUCCAAGGAUAUCAAGAAGAGCUUUGCUUCAACAUAUUAUCAUUACACACGCCAUUGCCUUUGUAGCGAAGCUAUUUUUCCUUCCCCAUCCUCUCCCUCUCAUUCAUUGAUGAACAACUUUGAUCAAUUUUGCAGUGCAGCGGCGAAUUGUUUGAUUCGAGUUAGGCAUAUCCAUGUCAUACAGUGUAACAUGGAAUUGUUCCAAUUUCCUUAAUUUGUAACAUGUAUUAUUGUUCUCAUCAGUUCUUAUCAUUUCGGAUAGUAAGAGCUUAAGGUUGUGUUCCAGGUCCAUAAGAAAGAAGCCGACAUCGAGGUUGACACCUUCCCGUCGAUGUGAGCUCUUGGGGAAGAUACCCAAUCAUGAUCAGGAUAGCAAACCAAAAGCUAUGGAACUUGGAUGUGAGUCUUUUGUCGAAAUGGAAUGGCUUUUCUUUUUA